GUCAGUCAAUAAAGCGCGUUGCAGCAGUCUGUCGCGCAGCGCGCGAACUCCUACAGAACGCCUCCCAAAAGACAAAUUGCCCAUUCUAGAUGUGCGCAUAUUUUACAGAAUGCCCUUCUACCAACAAGCUACUUGCCCUAUUGGCAGAGCCAACCAGCCAAUGAGACGAAUAAACCAAAUUCACCCCCCAAAUUGCCCCCCCUCGGCCCACCACCACUGCACAGCCCCCACAGUCCCUCAUCACGUGUCCUCCACCAUUCAAUUUGGUUUGCGGGCGUAUUCCGUGUCAGAUUGCAGGGAUCAUUUGUACAGUCCUGUGUGUGAGUUGCGCUGGGUCUGGCGUGGCCUUGCGUGACACAUGGGCCCAUUGGGGUGCUUGUAUGUCUUGCUGACAGCAGGCUGCCCGGCUACAUAAAUGGAUACUUCGUCACGUGGAAAUGCACGUGCAGGGACGAUAUAAGAUGCGAUGAGGCAGACAGACUUGCGGU